GUUUAGGGGCCUACAGUAAACGAAAGCAAUGUAGCUCGGCUUUUCUGCAUAUAUGCUAUCCAGUGAAUGUACAGCUAAAGCCCAUGCAGCUUUUCAACAAAUAAGAACCGAUGAUGUGGUGACAUCAAUACGACAAAUAAAGUUACAGCACCCCUGCAGCAUAAUGAUGUGAUUCCUGCGGUGAAGCUGGAGAGAUGUCUGCAGCCAACAACAACCAUGCACAGCGUGUGCUGUCUUCCCUGAACCAGCAGAGGGAAGUAGGUACAUUCUGUGACGCUAUAUUGAAAGUAGGAGGUGAGCAGGUCCACUUGGCACAUCGCAACAUCUUAGCUUGUUUCAGUCACAUCUUCCAAGGGACCAGCACACCCACUGAGCCCCAUAUGGAGAUCAGCCUUAAGGAGUGUCCUAGCGAUGGCUUGGAGCUGCUCCUCAACUUUGUCUAUACUGGAGAGCUAAAGCUGGAGUUGCAGAAUGUGGACAAAGUGCAGCAUGCUGCAGCCAGUCUGUGCAUACAGGAAGCACUGGUUCUCUGUCAGCAGUUCCAGGAGGCUCGUGUGGAUCCUGUACCAGUUAAGCACAAAAGUGGCCGACCUAAAAAGUCCACGUUAGAUUGUAAAGUUAAAGAAGAGAAUACAACGGCAGCCACCAAAGAUGAGCCCGGCUUUGACACCUUCACAGAUAUUAGCAUUGGUGCCAUGACGACUACUCGUUCCGGUCGUGUUGUCAAAGGCCCCAGGCAAUUGGCUGGUGACAGCACCACUGAGGACUUUACACCCACUGAUCACACCAGCAAGGAGACCAUGCCUGUUCCUAUAGAGAAAGAAAGCGAGGAUGUUGGGGAGUGUCAGAGCCCGUACCACUCAAACGAUGACCUCAAGAUAAUUGAGCUUCAAAUUGAUUUGAGCGACAACAGUGUGAACCAGGUUAAUGAGGAAGAAGAAAAUGGUGAUGCUGGUGACGCCUGGGAUUUUGAGGGCCUCGGUAAUGACUCAUCUGAAGAGUACGAACCUGUCGCCCAAACCAGUUCUGAUGCCCCAUCCGCAUCAACAGCAUGGAGGAAAAACACCCAGAAUAAAGUGGAAAAACAAGACAAUGUGGAGAAUGUGGAACAAAAUCCUAAGAAGGGAUCUGUUCAGUGUCCAAUUUGUGACAAAUCUUUCAGGAGUAAAUACUAUCUGAAAGUGCACAACAGGCGACAUACAGGUGAGAAGCCCUUUGUGUGUCUCAAAUGUGGAAAGAAAUACUUCAGGAAGGAGAAUCUUUUGGAACAUGAGUCCAAAAAUUGUGCAAGAGUGCAGAAAUACUCUUGCCAAACAUGCUCCUCAACAUUUAAUAAAAGGCAAGAGCUACGUUUGCAUAUAAUUUCUCACACAGGAGAUUUGCCCAACAAGUGUUCUUUCUGUCCUGGGCAGUUUAUGCACAAGAGAGACCUGAUGGCUCACAUGAUCAAGGUCCACGGCUUUCCCAAACCACAUGCAUGUGAACAAUGUGCUAAAUCUUUCGUAACUCGGACAGAGUUGCGUAUUCAUGAAGCAUCCAAACAUCGAGGUGAAAGGCCGUUUGUGUGUGAGGAAUGUGGCCACCGAGCCUCGAGUCGCAACGGCCUGCAGAUGCACAUCAAAGCCAUCCACAGAAAUGAACGACCGUUUGUAUGUAGUGUCUGUGGUCAUGCAUUCACCCAGAAAACCAACCUAAAUAUGCACCUGCGCAUCCACACCGGGGAGAGACCGUAUCAGUGCCACCUGUGCGGAAAAACAUUCAGGACUCAAGCGAGUCUCGACAAACACCACCGGACUCACACCGGCGAGCGUCCCUUCAGCUGCGAGUUCUGUGAGCAGCGUUUCACAGAGAAAGGGCCACUCGUUCGUCACAUUGCCAGCAAGCACCAAGAGGGCCGCCCCCACUGCUGUGCCAUAUGUAGUAAAACUUUUAAAGCAAUAGAACAACUCCGUGUUCACCUGCGCCGUCAUAAGGGCAUGAGGAAGUUUGAAUGCACCGACUGUGGGUACAAGUUCACUCGACAGGCACACCUGCGGCGACACAGUCAAAUCCACAAACGCAGUGAGAACUACAACCCCCGGCAGAGGAAACUCAGGAACAUCAUAGUGGAAGGAGAUGGCAGCACGGGCGAGAAGGAUGUGAAUGAAUCAAUGCACGCCCCGCUGAGCUCUGACGACACGGACUGCGAACCGGAGAGAUCAGUGGACCACGAAUCCUCAAACCAAGGAUCUGCCCUUGUAUCUGCUGUCAAGGCUGAACACCGGGUGAUGGUGGCAAUCGAGCAGAGCGACCCGUUAACCGUACCCACUUUGUCUGAUCAAAAUCCAAAAUGUGUCAAGACAGUGUAGUUUCUCCAUGCCAGAAGGCUCACCGCAAAAUCCGCUGGUCACUGAGACGUACGAGCCCACAAUAGACAUGGAGGAAAUAAUUGAAGAUAAAGUUGAGAAAUUACAGAUUGACAACACGCACCUCACUCCAAAGCAGAACAGCUGAAGAAGAAUGUGAAGAUGAUUUUAUCAGGGAAGAUGAGUGAAAUGUGACAUCAUGGAUUCUGAAGUGCAAGUGUUAGAAGCUACAGAAUGUUUCUGAGCGAUUAUUAG